AUGGAGGUUCAAAUGACCACACUUGAUCCCUGCGUGUUCCUGUGUGAUGCUUUGCUUCAGAUGAACAACAGAAGAAUUAUAUGGGCAGCAGUUGCCUUCUCUCUGUUCAGCAGCACUGAAGAAGACAAACGGGAUGAAUCUCAGAGGAAGGAGGAUGAGAUGAUCCUGCUGCUGAAAUAGGCCAAGCUCAGCAUACAUCGUGGCCAGCUUCAGGCAGCUCCCCCCUUCCUCCUUCAGGCUGUGGUUCUUGCCCAUCAGACCCACAACAAAGAGGCCAUUAUCUACACCUACAGCCAGAUGUCGAACGUGGCCUACGUUUAGGGGCAGCUUGACAGUGCAGAGAAACUCUUUAAAACAUUGAUGAGCUUCAUGCUGGCAGGUGUAACUCCACAGGAUGACAACACCAUCAUCGAGAUGUCCCUAAAGCUGACCACUAUCUAUGCCAAACAGAACAAGGAGAAACUUGCAGAGCACGGCUUCAGGUUCUGCACCAAGUCUCUGGAGACUAAGCUGGAGAUGCACAAAGUGCUGCCUGAGGUAGACCAGACAGAGGAGCAGAGUGCUCUGAGAAGGGAGAUCCUCCUGCUUGGUUUGUGUUUGGACUCAUGAGCUCGAUACUGUACCUCAAAAUUACACCUGAUCCAAGCAGAACUGGACUAUAGGACAGCCUUGGACAUCUGCCGCCAGGAGCAAGGAGAGCCACACCCACAGACUCUUGUCCUGAUGAGCGAUCUGGCCACCAUCUUGGACCUGCAGGGAUGUCAUGAUGAAGCCCUGGUUCUCGUCCAGCAGGCAGUGGAGCUGAGCCAGUCUGUGAGAUACCCAGACCAUCACAUGUUGCUGGGAAACAUGGCUGGCAUCCUACUGCACACAGGUCGACUGGAGGAUUCAGUCCAGUUCUACCAAGAGGCCCUGGAACUGGCCCGGCAAGCUGGAGACCAGGAAGCUGUAGACAGGGUUCAAGAGGGACUGAAGGGGGUGAAGAAGAGGAAGAGGGAGAUGGAGCCAGAGGGUGUAGCACAGUGA